AUGGAACCGAACAUGAGCGUGUCCCCUUUAGUGCCGGCACAACCAUUUGCGUCCUCGCCCUCAAGCCCUCGGAAGCGCUCUAUACACGAGGUUGAGGAUGUUAACACAUCGACUCCUGUUCCGAAGCGGGCGUUGACAGGUUACGUUGGAGAAAACCAAGAGAACCACGAUCCGGCUUUAUCCCUGCCCUCCGCGUCUCAACAACCAUCAACACCCGAUAAGCAAAGCUUUGCUAUUCCCUCGCCGCCUACUGUGGAAAUCCCUGUUAGGCCCAUUGACCAGAAUACUGUUAUAUCAGUUCCAUUGGUGGAACUCAAUCCCUCGCCGAUGGAAUCUCCUAAUAAAUCUGAAACGGCUAUAACACCCGCUUCUAAAAAGCGUAAGCUUUCCCCUGCUAGCAAGGAGGCAAAGGAAAAACAAAAACUAGAAGAGAAGGCGAAGAAAGAUGAGGACCGGGCGAAAAAGGAGGACGAGAAGCGGGCGAAGGCGGACGAGAAGAAAAAGCGCGAUGCUGAGCGCGAAGAGGAAAAGCGCAUAAAAGACGAGGAGAAGAAAAAGCGAGAGACGGAACGUGAAGAAAAGAAAAAGGCGAAAGAAGAGGAAAAGGCCGCGAAAGAGGCUGCUAAAGAAGAAGAGAAGCGUCGAAAGGAGGAGGAGAAAUUGAAAAAGGAGCGGGCACAACCCAAGUUAAAUGCCUUCUUUGCCAAACCUCGACUUCCCUCCGUGCCAGGAACUGGCAGUGCCGCAUCACCGACAAAGCCAACCCCGGUUGCCGACGCACCUUGCUCGGACACUCCCUCAGAGCCCAAGACCGACUAUCAGAAGGCCUUCCCGGAUUUCUUCCUUCAGUCACAUACUGUCGUCGCGCCGCCUCACCGCUUCGAACGCGAUUCAGAUGCCCUAUGCCACGUUUGUCAGACGAUUGAUGCUUCUCUCAACCCAAAUAACACCGUCCCAUUCGACCAUCUCCCGUUUCGUCCCUCAGAGAUCUUUCACCUGAUUCCCUACCGUCGGCGCCGAGGCCGACAAACCUUGUCCGUCAAAGAGAUUUUGCUCAAAAUGCAGAACGCGGAUCCAGAUGCGAUGGACGUGGACGGGAAGGACGACACCGCCGUCGCAAAAAGCAUGCAGGGGCUUUUAAACAAAACUCCCAUAAAAACGCUCCGGUUUGGCGAGGACGUGCGUCCCCCAUACCAGGGCACAUUUACACGACACGUGCCCGAGGAGAUCGCAAAAAAAUUGUCUCGCAACCCUUACCAUCGCGCACUCCCGGAAACCAAUUACGAGUAUGAUUCGGAGGCCGAGUGGGAGGAGCCGGAGGAAGGUGAGGACCUCGAUUCAGAGGAAGAAGAGGAAGCCAGCGACGAUGGCGAGGACGACAUGGAUGGUUUCUUGGACGACGAGGACGAUGCGCUGGUAGGAAGCAAGCGACGCCUCAUCGUCGGUGAACUCGAACCAGUCUGCAGUGGCAUUCAAUGGGCAGCGAACGGCGUCACGGACGAGCUCAAGGCCUACCGGAUUGAAACUAUCUCUGAUGCCGUCAACUUCCCCAUCAAUCCACAUUCAGAUGCAUAUUGGGAGAAGCCUAAGGCACCGGCCAAGCGACCGGUCGUACCGACAAAUGCACAUACCCUGGAUGCUUUCCGGGUCAAACCUGGUCCCGAUGCAUCACCAAUUGGUAGUGCCCUGCCGCCGGCUCCAACGUCUAAAGCCAAGCGUCCAUUUCCGUCUGAGCACCUGGAAGAGUUUAAACAGGCCGUAGAGGGCAGUGAUCUCAGCAAGAUCGGAUUGAUUGAGAUUUUGAAGAAACGGUUUCCCAAGGUAUCGAAGGACACGUUGAAGGCGACGCUGGACCAGGUGGCGGUGCGUGUUGGCCAAAAAGAGGUGGACAAGAAAUGGGUGUGUCGCUGA